UCUCCUAUAAAUAGAUAUGUUAGCCGCUUCGAGUGUACAUACUUGCAUAGAGGGAAAUUCUUGAAACGUCGAAAAAAAUGGCGAAGCCGCACACCGUUGUCCUACUGCUUGUAUAUAUGAUUAUGUUCUCCUACAAUGUUCUGGAGGGUGGUGCAUACCCGGACCAAGUGGCAUUCUCUCGCAAAGAGCUGAAGCCAGAACACAACAAGCUGUCCAUUGGUGGAAUGAGUCCAUCGCUUGGUGUGCAGGUAUCUGGUGCGACCAAUGCAGAAGGUUUGAGCAAGGAUGCUGAAAUAGCAAAUGUUAAAACUAGCACUACCAGUACUACCACGGACACCCACCGUGACGUUCCCGUGGAUCUGUAUCGUACUAUCAUCUUCCACGGCCACCAGCUCAACAAACCGUAAUUAUGCAUAAAGGACCCUGGGCACCAACUUGGUAUCCAUGAACGAACUAAAUUAUCAAGUUGGCGAUUUCUACACGCGUCUCUGUUAUGUGUGUGUAAUGUAAUGUAACUGGUAUUGUAUGACGUAAAGGGUAUGCUUGGACUGUCAAUGUAUCCAGUUCUACUAAAUGUACGUAGUAUUGUAUGACUGCAGAAUAAAUCAUGCCCAUGGUCCAUGGUAAUGCCAACAUUUUAUAUGCUCCA